UCCACCGCAUAAAUCACAUCUGCAUCCCCAACGACACAAAAUGCCGCCGCGCAACAACAGGCCGCGCAACUCGCGUCCCGACUCGCGCCCAAGAAACGACCGUCCUCUGCGUCCCGAAGCCGACAGCUAUCGACCUGGCGACAGGCAUGACUUGCCUCCUCGACCGCCGCCCCGCGAUAAUUAUGGCCACUCCGAUUCAUACCGCCCGCGCGUGCCGCAGGGCGACUUUACCUUUCGUGUAGACAAGCCAGCUGGCAUGCCUGAUUUCCCGGCUGAUUAUCGUGGGCCGUCUGAAAGGAGAGGGCCGCGUCGCGAUGGUGGUCGUGGUGGCCGAGGUCGGGGUCGUGGAGGAAGGAAAUGGCAACCUCCGCCUCACCCGUCUGAACGCGCUUUGGUAUCUGGAGCGACUGCGAAUAUGCCCGAGGAGCGACUUGGAGAAGAGGGCGCUGCCAAAUACCGCGAUGUCGAUGAGCUAUCAGACGACGAUGAGCUCGAGAUGGACAUUUCUUCAUCUUCCGAGACAGAAGGACCUUCCAAGAAACGUGCCAAAACUGGAGAUGAUGGAUCUGGCGAUGCUGCACCUAAGUGGUCAAAUCCCGAUCCCUACACUGCCCUCCCAUGUCCCGACGAGAGCACCCGCAAGAAACGUGAUAUGGUCAAAUUGAUCCGAAAAGCGCGCGUGGAAGACCAGUCGGAGAAACUAGCUGCUUCAACCGAAGCCGAGGACUUUAUCUCGUUUGACCUGACAGAAGACGAAGAGAGCAGCGAAGAAGAGGAGGAAGCACCGCCGCCUCCCCCGCGCGAACCACCCCCGCCACCGCCUCCGAAUGCGCCCUCUGGACCGAGAGCUGAGACUGCGCGUUUGCCCGAGAAGCCACGAGCGCCUGCUAAUGGGACUCUGGAUACGGCGCGAAGAAAUGAUCCGCUUGGAUCUCGAAAGCGGACUGCGGACGAUGAGAUCAAGCCUCCUGAUUAUGGACAAUUGAAGAAGGCUACGACGAAGCCUUCAAAAGGUGCGCUCUUGCCCAGUUGGCAGCCGAAGACAACCGAGGACCCAUGUCCUUGGGAUACUGUCGAUCACUCUGCUACCAUGAACAUGCCAUUCCGAUUACACAAGGAAAUCAUCGACUUCUACGAAUACGUCAGACCCCGCGAUUUCGAACAGCGAAUCCGUGACAACCUCGUCGAGAACCUUCGAAAGGCCAUGCGACGCGACGGAAGGAACUUCGCGAGCGCCUCGGUCCACCCCUUCGGUUCCUUCAUGUCAGGCCUCUACCUCCCCACCGCAGACAUGGAUCUAGUCGUCUGCUCCGCAAGCUUCAUGCGAGGCGGUCCCCCAACGUACCUGUCGGCAAAGAGCUGGCUGUACAAGUUCCAGAAGUUCCUCACCAGCCAACACGUAGCUGACCAACACUCCAUCGAGGUUAUUGCCCACGCUAGAGUUCCGUUGGUCAAAUACGUUGACAAGCAGACUGGUCUCAAGGUUGAUGUGUCGUUUGAGAACUUGGGCGGUGUGAAUGCUGUCGACACGUUCCUUGAGUGGAAGGCCCAAUAUCCUGCCAUGCCUAUCCUGGUGACUGUGAUCAAACAUUUCCUGCUCAUGCGUGGUCUGAAUGAACCUGUGAAUGGAGGAAUUGGCGGUUUCACCGUGAUUUGCUUGGUUGUGAGCAUGUUGCAGCUUAUGCCACAGGUACAGAGUCGAAACCUCAUCCCGGAGCAUCAUCUCGGCGAGAUGCUUCUCGAGUUCUUCCAUCUCUACGGCCGCGAAUUCCGCCACGACACCAACGCCAUUUCCCUGACCAGACCAAUUGGGUACAUCCGAAAGUCCGAGGUCCGAAGCCUCACGUACAAGAACUACGACCGCCUCUCCAUCAUCGAUCCCAACAACUCGGGCAACGACAUCUCCGGCGGCUCAUCUAACACCGUAGCCAUCCUUGACCGCUUCAAAGGCGCCUUCAAUCUCCUACGUGACAGAAUGGACGAGAUUGCCCGUGAUCCCAACCAGGGCAACAUUCUCGAAGUGAUUCUCAAAGGCGACUACUCCUCCUUCAGAAUGCAGCGAGAUUUCCUCCGCCACGUACAUGAGAAGCACAUCGGACCUUGUUCUUCCUGAUCCUCCUUUCCCGAUCAAAAGCCUAUAUUGAUACCCCCCAAUCGGUGUUGUGCAUAUUAUCUGAUGCUGGAGUUUUUUUGUGUCUUUUUGCCGGUUAUGGAUAUUUGGGGUGGCUUGGAAGACGUCAUGAUCUUUGCAUUUCUUUUUUUGUUCAAACUUGCAUUUGUGUAUAGUAACGCCGUGAUGAAGGGGUGGUUUGCUGUUUUCAGAGGGACUGGCGCAGAUUACAUUUUCCACCGAGAGGCGCUCACGCAUCGGCCUAGUGGCCUAGAAUUGGACGACGAAAUUUAUUCACAACGACUCGAACCUGAUCUACUAAUCAUUGCAGUGACUUGACGAGACGACUUGAUAUGGCGACACUGACGAUACUUGCAGAUUUUGCUUUUUUUGAAAGAGUGCGGAAUGCAUUCGACGUCC